UAGUGACGAGCAGUUAAUCUUGUUGGCUGCACUCAGCCACUCACGCGCAUUUCAUCUCCUGGCCGCGUUUUUUUUUUCUACCAACUUUUUGAAAGAAACGUGGAAUUAUUUGCAGUCGAUUUUCUGCAGCCAUGGCGAUCGUAGAGAGCAGCAACGAGGAUCGUAACAAACUGCCGAUCCAACCGAACGGCAACGCCAAGAAGGAGGCGAUUCCCCUCAAGGAUGUCGACGACAAAAACGAUGAGGGCUACGUGGAGAUGGUGGUGCCGCCGGACGGGGGCUGGGGCUGGAUUAUCGUCGCAGCCUCCUUCAUGUGCAACCUCGUCGUCGACGGUAUAAUGUUCAGCUUCGGGGUGUUCCUUGAGGAGAUGGCGCGGGGCUUCGGUGUGUCCGCGGCGAGGGUUGCCCUCGUUGGUUCCUUACAGACUGGCUUCUAUCUCAUGGCCGGUAAGUUUCUUCGAGGCGCUAACCAAAGACCUCCGUUAUCCAACAGAUUGGCUAUGUGUGCAGGACCGUUCGUGUCGGCGCUGGCCAACAGGUACGGCUUCCGCUCGGUGGCGAUACUCGGCAGCCUCGUCGCCUGUUGCGCUUUCGUCCUCUCCUACUUCGCCACUUCCAUCGAGUUCAUGUACGUGAGCUACGGGAUAUUAGGUGGCAUUGGCGCCGGACUCAUCUACGUACCCGCUGUCAUCACUACCGGCUUCUACUUCGAGAAGUGGCGAGCCCUCGCAACCGGCAUAUCCGUCUGCGGCUCCGGGAUCGGGGCCUUCGCCCUCUCGCCGAUCUCCAGCCUCCUGAUCGAGAAGCGCGGAUGGCGUGAGGCCAUCCUCUACCAAGCCGGGAUGCUAUUGAACUGCGCGGUAUUCGGUGCCUUGUUCCGUCCUCUCAAGCCAACGAGAGUGAAAGUAAUCGGCAAUGUGGACGCUGCUGCCGCCGAGGGAAAAACUACUCUGCUGAUAAAAGGCACCUCGAUGACAUCGCUCCACGCAAAUCAGCCCAUCACCAACCGCUUCUUUGGCACCAACAACAAUACCGAAUAUCCGACAGCCGCCCAACUCCUCGGCAGUAGUCCCGACAUAGUAAAUAGCAGCCGAUCGCUACACUUGCUACACAAAACGCAAGAGCCGCGCAUCCCCCAAAGGCAAAUAAGCACCUCGGAGAAGCGGCUGUCGGUGCCGAUUUAUCCCGAGCUUGAGGUUGUCAGCGACGAGGAGCUCCAAUCCGUGGAGGAGGAGAACAAUCUCCUCGACGGCGACGUCGAGCGUCUCAAUGGAAGAGUGCCGACAAUUCGCAGGCACACAAUUAGCGAUCGACGAAGCCGGGCCAACUCGGUAACCAGCCAUAAAUCGUUCAAGAUCGAGAGGCGGCGCGGCUCGACAGCCAAGGAACCCCAGAGACCGUUUUACAGGGAUGAUAUAUUCUACGGGGGCUCGCUCAAUAGACUGCCGCAUUACAGGUCACAGAUGUCCUCGGUGGGCUAUCACAUGUCGGUAACUAGACUACCAACCGCUCAAGAUCUCGCCGAGGAGGAGAGCGGCAGCUGUUAUCUCUGCCCUGAGAGCGUAAGGCGAAUCCUGACGACGAUGCUCGACCUCAGCCUCCUGAAAAGUCCGAGCUUCCUCAUUCUAGCGAUAAGUGGAUGCUUGACCAUGAUGGGCUUUUACACUCCGUUCGUUUACCUAAAAGACAGGGCAAUAAUCACUGAUAUCGACGCUAGCAGUGCCAUGUUUCUCGUAUCGAUAAUCGGUAUCGGGAAUACGAUUGGCCGCGUUGCUUUGGGCUUCAUAAGCAGCUUGCCAGGCGUUGAUGCACUUUUGAUCAAUAAUAUAUUUAUCACCGUCAGCGGCCUUCUCACGAUGUUUUCCGGCCUUUCUUUAACAAAGGAAUAUCAAUUCUUUUACGCGGCUGCCUUCGGACUCAGCGUCUCUGUGUUUGCUUCAUUGAGAUCGAUUCUCGUAGUGGAUCUCCUGGGCCUCGAAAGAUUGACCAACGCGUUUGGACUGCUGCUACUGUUCCAGGGCCUUGGCGCCACUGUCGGUGCGCCUGUUGCCGGAGCGUUCAAAGACUGGACAGGCAGUUACGACGCCUCAUUUUAUUUCGCCGGCGCACUCAUUGUCAUCUCAGCUGUUAUAUGUUAUCCCUUAAAGAAGAUCAACAUGCGGGAGAAGCAGACGGAGCAGACGACAUUUGGUGAGACUGUGAAAUCGUGAUGCCAGGUAGACAGCCAGAGGUGCGACAGGGAUAUCGACCCAGCAAAGAUGUACAAGGCUCUAUAAUGUAUGGGCGGCGUGACGGCCUUACCGGACAUCGCGCGCCAUCUCACCUGACAACAUCAUCGAGACUCUCGAAACCGUAGUUACAAAUCCAAGUGCCAUUUAGUCGUCGCCUUGAGAGCGCAAACGGGACGGUUAAUUUAUUCUUUAUCGUGCGUGGAAUCGUCGCCACUCGAUUAUAUGUAAAUGCGUGUCGGUAGUAUGUCGCCGACACGAGCGAUAUCCGCGUUACCAGAGCUACGCAACAUCGCUCCCUUAUCUUAACUAUUAAUUAGCAGCUAGAUUAACAUUGUACAGUAGAAUUUUCGUCAGUUCGUGGAUGUGUCUCAUAGUCAUCGUCGGCUCCACGCCACGAUGCGCCGGACAAGUUUUACUAUUUGACAAUAAAUCACAGGAGAAUUUAUAGCGAGCCAUCCCAAGCGCAUCCCUGCGAUAUUUCGUGCAGAUCGUGGACGUGCAGAGCGUCACGGAAAUGAUAUUUCUAUUAAUUUGAAACAACUUUUCGGCUGACAUACUGAUUAUUAAAAAUAGAUCGGACGAUACGUAUCCUUAGAUUAUG